AAUCUGCUGUGCAGUUGAAAUGUGGUUUAUUAAAUCCAGGCAGUAAAGGAGUGAUGUGUUGGCUGCCCUUUGUGCUGUAGACAUUCCCAAAUAGUUAGAUCAGGCCUUCAUAGUGUACAAUUCUUUCCACAGAAAUUUGAAACCCAUCAAAACAUUUGCAUUUGUUCAAGUAAAAGAUGAACCACUACUUUAGGGUAACUUCAUUUAUUUGUCUUAAUAUUUUUUUGUUUGGUUUAGGAGAGACUGUCAUAAAUAAUGGCGAACCUUGUUCACCUAAGGACACAAGGAAUGUUGGAGCUGUGGAGGAACCACUCCAGGCAGAAGAGAAAAAUAAAUCUGCAGAUAUUUCAAAACAAAAAGAACAAUGCCUUGUACCAUGUGAUGCUCAAGCUAAAAUUUUACGAGGGGACAAACAUUACAUGUGCAGAAAUUUGCAGAACUCUCUUGCUGAAUAUGCCAGAAGUACAAAAAAACUGGUAAGAGACAUGAUGGAUGAUCAACAGUCUUCACUGGAUUACCUUUCUAAUCAGGUAAAUGAACUUAUGAACAAAAUCGUUCUUUUGAACACAGUAAUUUUGAGAAAACAUCUGGAUCCACUUCCUUAUAAAGUAGUUCAAUCUCAUGGUUUGGACUGCACUCAUAUUAAAGAUACUGUUGGUUCAGUUUCAAAGACUCCAAGUGGUCUGUACAUUAUCCAUCCAGAAGGAUCAAAUUAUCCUUUUGAGGUUUUGUGUGACAUGGAUUUUCGAGGAGGUGGAUGGACUGUGGUUCAGAAAAGAACUGAUGGAAUCGUUCAGUUUCAGAGAACAUGGUCUGAAUAUCUGGAUGGCUUUGGUGACCUCACUGGAGAAUUUUGGCUUGGACUGAGAAAGAUUUUUGACAUUGUAAAUCAAAAGGCCACUCAUUUCAGUCUUUAUGUGGAUUUGGAAUCAGAAAAUGACAAGCAUGCCUAUGCAUCAUAUGAUGGAUUUUGGAUAGAGGAUGAAUCAUGUUAUUUUAAGAUCCAUUUGGGGCAUUAUUCAGGAAAUGCUGGUGAUGCAUUUAGAGGAUAUAGAAGAGAGGAUAACCAAAAUUCCAUGCCUUUCAGCACUUUUGAUGUUGAUAAUGAUGGAUGCAGACCAAUGUGCACUAUUAAAGGACAGCCAGUAAAGAGCUGCAGUAACUUCAGUGAUAACACCGGAUGGUGGUUCAACAAGUGUGGCCUUGCAAAUCUUAAUGGUGUUCAUCGCUACAGAGGUAGAUUCCUUGCAACUGGCAUUCACUGGGAUACAUGGACAAUGAACAAAAAACCAGUCAAAAUUAAAUCAGUCUCAAUGAAAAUUCGGAGAACCAAUUAUCCAUAUUUCCAUUAACAUAUGAAAAUAGAAAUAUAUCUCUCUUUGCAAUUAGGUGGGAUGAUGUAUCACUACAAUCAUAAAUACCUUUCAUCUUCACUUGAACAGUUCAGUUUUAAAAAUUUGUUACAUAUUUCUGUUAUAAUAUAGUUACUAAUUAGUUAGUUAGUUAGUUAGUUAGUUAGUUCUAUAUUAUAAUAUAGUUACUAAUUUUUAUUAUGAAAUGUCAGCAUUUAUAGUGUUCCAGCUUGAGAAAGAUCCUAAGAACUGGGUUUUCAGAAAAAGGAUUAAGAUGAGUCUUUGUCAGCUUUUAUUCAACUGACUCUUAAAAAAACUCAGAACCAGCAGAAAAAAUUAUAAAAAGAAGUGUAAUACCGAUUUUUGAAUAUAUUCUUUCUAUGCUCUCCAUAUCUAAAUUGGCAAGAAGUUUCAGCAAAUUUUAUUUUAAAGAACCCAUGUACCUGCCAUUUUUAUCGUAAUAUUUUGGAAAAAUGCUUCAUCUUAAGUUAAAUUUCUAGCAUCAGCUUUUCUUUCUGUAUUCCUUAUCAGACAAGAUAACAAUUGUUUCAAUGUAUAAAUAAGAUUUUGAAUACCAUAAGGGCCUGAUUUUUAUACAAGUAAGGUUGAUAGUGACAUUCAAGAACUAGAACCAGUUUUGUAUUUCAUUUUCAUAGUCAAUGUAUUUCAUAAUACAGUUUUGACUCUACCAUUGUCUACUUCACAACUGACUAAAAAUUAAAACUUUUUUUCAAAGAAAACUUAUAUCUUUUCAUAUAACCUCUGCAGUUUUAAUUUUUGGAUAUAUAAGCCUGAUCUUAUGUUUUUCAUUCUUAGUGGCUUUCACUUUGUGAAUGAUCAUUUGUUGAUGAAUAAAACCAACUUAAGUUUUGUAAACACAUUUAAAACUAAGAAGUCUUUGAAUUUCUGUCAGUAAAAAUAGAAAAAUAUCAAUAAAAAUGUGAAUAUUGUCAUUAUAGUGUUUCUGGAGCCCAGCAUCAAAUCUGUAGCAGCUAGGCAUGAUAUUUUUCAUCUUUGCUUCAGUUUCAGCAGACCACCUCUGUAAUAUCAUGUGGAAUGAAAAUAGUUAAAAACUCCAUGAAUUUCCUCUUUGCUGUUUUUUAUUUUAUCCAAGCAUUAAUACAGUGAGCAGAAACCAUCAUCAGUUCAGAACCACCACAAUUUAGGGCUUCUUCCCAAAGAUUUAUGUAGCCAUAGAAGGAAACAAAGCUUUUCAUAGGGUAUGUUACAAGGUUAAGGGGGAGAAAAAAUUCCUCUUUUGUGUAAUUUGACUAGCCUUUAACAGUUGGAGGUAAAAAGUUGCUAAAAGCAGAAGGUUUCCUCUCUGCUAGAGAGAAACUGAGGACUGUCCUUAUUAGGAGGCUUGCAGGAGAACCAUGGUAGGAAGUAGCUUGAGGAAAAAUACCAGAGGCCUUGUUGAGGCAUUGUGAGAAAGGGUAUAAGUGCUGCUCUUAGGGGAGACUGAAUUCUGUGAGCACAGUGAGGGUUUGUUUUUGUCAGACACUGAAGUAUUUGAAAUUAAAGGUGCAGAGAUUGUCUGCACACCCUCUUAAGCUUGCUCUCACACCACCCUUAUCAGGAAUGCAACUGCUUUGAACAGCAGCCUGGACCAGCAGACUGUAUUAUAAAGGCAGAGGCUUAAAUGAAAGAGCUUCUGCACUAAGAUUAACAUGCACUGGAGCAGUGUUAAUUUUGGCUGCCAGUCUGGUUGUUGUCACUGUAUUAGGGCUCCUGUGUCAGAAAGAGUCCUCAGCAUGUGGCACAGGAAUCCUACUGGAGAAUGAAAGUGGGUAAAUUUCAUAGAAAUGUAAUGGCUUUAAUGAAAGCCUCAGAUUUGAUAGUGGGGCCUCUGUUCUGACAACCAGAUCUGAGCCUGGGAGCUGGAGUCUGAGUAGGUAUUUUGGAUGUAUAUAGCUAUAUUCUACUGACACCCUGAGGCUGCUUUUGGUUUAAUUAGAAUUCCUGCUUAAAAAUGAAGGUAUCAAAUGAAGAUUGCAGACUUGUGAUGGCAGAUAUUGCCACAUUUAAUUAUGAGGUUUAAUCUCACCAUUGUCAUUGGCUAGAUUAGAUGCAGCAACAAAUCUUAAAGGAGAUGGACCUGAAAAGAUAAUUAAAUAAUAAUUCUUGCAAAUAGACAUUGUUCUAAAAUGUAGAGUAUGCCUAGAAAGUCAGAGUGCUAGAGAUUAGUUGGCAGCUUCCUGCUGCAUAUCUGAAAUACAGCAAUGAAAAUUGUUGUAUUUUCUAUGUGAUGGAUGGCUAUUGUCUUCAAAGGUUCAUUCAAUUUCUUCCCUAGUAACAAAAAAAAAAAAAAGAAAAAGGGAAAACAAAUAAAUUUUUUAGUUAAACACAGAGAAUUUUCAAGGACAUUAAACUGUUUCCAGGGGCCUAUGUUUCAUAUUUGCAGCUGGUGGCUCCCAACUGUCAUGAGAUAGCAUAAGAUUUGUGUGGCUAUUUUUGGGACUGGUAAUCAGUUGGUUAUUUCCCAAAUAGUCUUGUUUCAACUGUAAUUUAAGGAAACAUGUAGCAUGUUAAGAAAAAUCAACUGAGUGUUUCAAAUAAAGAGUACCUUGGUUUAACUGCACUUAAUAUCUGCUCCAGGAACAAUACUUCAAACUACGAGAAGUUGCCAUUUGAAGACAUCUGUAAUCUCUGAUGCUACAAAACUGCACUUCUUUUGUUUUCUUUUUCCAGUAGUGUGUCUUCAAUUUGUAAAUCACAGUUUGGUGAAUUCAAAUUGUUUUUUUAUUUGACCAUUCUGUUCACAAGCAACC